AUGCUUCAGUUUUACCAGACUGAUUCCUGUUGUGGAAAUGGAGCUAAAAAUGAGCUUGUUAAUUUGAAUGGCAGUAUUCCUGUGCCAUGCGGAGGCAAAAUUUAUAGUGUUCCCAUUAGCAUCUGGUUGCAUAACGAACAUCCCCAGAUCCCACCAAAAUGUUUUGUGAAGCAGCUACCAAAUCUCUGUCAAAAUCCUGGAAUCCAUAUGGAUAACACUGGCCUGGUGUCUUCAAGUUACUUACACAACUGGAGAUAUCCAACAUCACAUUUGGUCGGUCUCAUUGAAGACAUAAGAAAAUCUUUAACGAGUUGCUUAAAUAAUCCACUGCAGAUUCCUCCUUCACAAGAACAGCAAUUUUCCACCUCUCUUGUUAUGCCUCCUUGGCCAAGCACUGUACCUUCCAUUGGGAAUAAUUGUCCACGUCUCAAGAAUAUUCCUCAGCCUUUGAAUUCAGGUUAUUUCCAGCCUCCAUAUUCAAAUAUAUGGUCCUAUGGUCACCAAUAUAAAGGCGGUGCUUAUCCAGUUUCACCUGCAGGAAUUUCUCCAAGUUCGCCAUCUUCCAGACCUUUGCAUGAAACUGUUGAGAGAAAAUCUGAUAAAGCAUUGAAGAAGAAAAUGGAUUCUGCAGAACAAACUGCAGAGCUUUUUGAAGACUUGCAUUUGGACAAAGUACUGAAUACAUUUAACUGGGCAGUAUCUUCUAAAAACAAACAAGAUGUGGCUGAUGGUACCUUUUCUUCUGACCGGAUUGAAUCAGAAAAUGCAAAACCUUUGAGUUUACACGACACUCAAAAUUCAAGAUCUAUCGAUGAACGGAGAGUGCAUGUACUUAACAUUCCUGUUGAGUUUCCAAUGCACAGGAUGAAAGAUAAGCUUACCAUAUUUUUUCAGCGCGCUAUCAACGGUGGUGGAGAAAUAGUCAAAUCUCAGUAUCCUACUAAAAUUCCAGGAUCUGCUGUUAUUACAUUUUGUGAUGCCAAAGUUGCAGAAAGAGUUGUCAGACAGGAACAUCGCUUAAUCACCAUUAAUAAUAAAAAUUUCCCCAUACGAGUGAAAUUGUACGAUGAGAAAGAUGGUGUGUUGGGUAAAGAUAUCAUUGGAAAUAAAAUUCCCCCUGUGGAUAUGGUAGAGUCAUCAUCAAUUCCUGUUGAUCUGCCAAGAGAAAAAUCAGAAAUUUUCCAGAGAUUAAUGAGCCUUCAGGACAAUAAUUUCACAGCUGAGGAUGUGGUGGAAGCUGUGCAGUCUGGUUUAAAUUUUGAAUCAGCUUUGCGGUAUCUUUCUCAUGAGUGUCCUAUUUGUGGAGACCAAGUAACUUUUAGCAAGAUUGUGACAAUGACGUACUGUAACUGUUCGUUCUGUCAAGACUGUUUUAGGAAAUAUUUUUCAUCAGUUAUAAAAGAGAAAAGUAUAGUUAGCAUGGUUUGUCCAAUGUGCAGUACACCAGAUCUGAAAAGUUCCCGUCUCCAAGAAGAUGCCACAGAAUACUUCAACUUCUUGGAUAUUCAGAUUCGCUAUUAUCUUGAUGAAGGACUUCAUGAGUUGUUCCAAAGAAAGCUUCGAGACCGAACUUUGAUAGAAAUGCCAAACUUCAGAUGGUGUGCACACUGUUCCUUUGGACUGUUGCAUGAAGUAGACCGACUGAGAAUGGAUUGCCCUUCUUGCAAGAAAAGCACAUGCUUCCAAUGCAAAAUUCCAUGGGAGGAACAGCAUGAGGGAAUCAGCUGUGAAAAGUUUAAAUUAUGGAAGCAGCAAAACAACCCUGAGUAUCAGGCAAGCAAACUGGAUGGCUACCUCACCAAAAAUGGAAUAGAGUGCCCUAAUUGCAGAGUUCGAUUUGACUUGUCGAGAGGAGGUUGUGUUCAUUUUGGAUGCACAGAAUGCCAUUAUCAAUUCUGUGGUGGCUGUCAGAGACCCUUUAAAUUAGGAUCGGCUUGUGGAUUCAUGAGUAACUGCCACACUAAGGGUUUGCAUGCACAUCAUCCCCGGGACUGUUUCUAUCACCUCAGAGACUGGAAUGUGGAACGGCUGCAGCAGCUAUUGAAUACAGCAGGUAUUUCCUUGACUGCCAUUGUAACUGAUAACAGUCUAGAACAGAUGAAAGGUAAAUGUAAAGUCAUAGAGCAAAGAGACACUUCACAAGGUCUGAAAGAUGAACAGUGUGGACACCCUUCAGUUAAAGGUUACUUGGGCUUCUGCAAAAUCCAUUUUAUACAGGCUUUGGUGGAACUCAUUAAUAAAAAUUCUUUGGACCCAGUUGUACUAUACAGCAAGGAGGAAAUGUUAAUCGAACUACAACGCUGGGGUGUAGCUAUCCCUAACCAACAUGUGACUGAACAAGAAGAAUACUUUACACAAAGACUAAGAGUUAAAAUAUUGAAUGAACUAAAGCUGGACAGGCGACAAAAUGUUUCUGAUAAGAACACAGGAUGAUUUGCUUCCAUUGGUCAGAUGUCUAAUGAAUAGCAGUUGUAUCCAAGUAAACACAAGUCUUUAAACAUGGAAGUAUAGAACAUUUACAGCAUGGGAGAAGGCUAUUUGGCCAAUUAUUGAGCUAGCAGCCUACUGUGAAAAUGCUUCAUAAGAUCGCUGAUCAUGAUUGCAAUACUUUUGUUCUAAAUAUUACUUGUUCUUUGUUUAAUCACUAGUUGAUUUCAUGCUGCAUUGCUCAGAAUCAAAAGCUCGUUUGAAACAUGGAAAGAUUUGUGGCACAGAAGGAAGCUGUUGGCACAUAGUGACCUUGGCAACUGAAAAAGAUUCUCAGUGCCUGGUCAAUAGUCCUAUAGGUUCCAGCACCUCGACUGCAUUUUCUGAGUUUUGUUUUUUUAAAUGUGAUAAGUAUUUCUGCCUCUAGCAUCCAUGCAGGUGGUGAAUUCCACUCUCCCCACUCUCUAGGUGAAAAGAAAGUCCAAAUGCUUUUUCUUAGGAAAGAGAAUUGAGUCGUCAGUUUGGGUCAGUAUCACUUUGAGGCUGUUUGCAUGAGAGGAAAGAUUGGAAUUUGGCAUGCAGCUGAGCUUGAGUAUGUGCGGCAAUGACCUACACACCCAGCUACAGGCACACAGCUUGGGCUGCAGUGUGCGAAUGUAUUACAGCAUCAGUCCAGUGAUUGGCUCCUGGGAUGCCUUUCCUAGAAAAAUAUAUCUCUCCAUCUGAAAGAAAGAAGCUCAAAAUGUGACAGAACUCAAAGCAGCCUUCAACAUUUUUAAGGAAUAGUGGGGAAAUUCAAAAUAUGUAAACUGUGAAAAAUAUUAAUGUUAUGUAAUGUUAAGAUAUAAUUUUAAAAGAACAAAGCAGCUGUUUUGGCUGCAUUACAAAAAUAGCUAUGAGAAUAAUUUUCCCAAUAAGGACAGAAAUUAAUGCCAAUUGCAAAAUUUCACAAAGCAUGUGCUUCUAUUGGAGAGGACACUACAACUCUGUGGAUUCUUCACCCGAGAGUCAUCUAAUGCAGACCUCAGCAAUAAUUCAGUUUCUGCUCCUUUUUUCCUAUGAGUUUAGCAUAUAGACCAAUCAAGAUUGUAUUCUUUAUUUAUAAACCUUGCAGGUGGCAUGUGACCACACACUAUAUGGGAAAUGUUCAGACCUGUUGCUCAAAUGAUUUUGCAAGUUAUCCCUAUUUCUGUGACUUAAAUGAUUUCUCAUUCUGAUUAGCUACAGAUUAUAUAUUUUUGGUAUAAAAACAAAACACGGUGGUCGCUGGAGACCUGACAUAAAAACGCAAAAUGCUGGGUUCCGAAGAAGAGUCCUAUUUGAGUCAAAGCAUUAACUCUGUUUUUCUCUCUACAGAUGCUGUCAGAUCUGCUGAGUUUCUUCAGCACUUUCUGGUUAUAUUUUUGUAUGUUGGAAUCAUUUGUGUUGUACUGUAGGAGGUUAAGUUUUGUGAUUGAUUGUAACGUCAGUGCUAAAAGUAAAACUUUAAAUAUUUUUAUUCCUGUUAAUUACUACAGUGUAGAGCCAUCCUCAGUACACAAUGUUGAUGAUAUCAGCCUCCAAAUUGUAAUGAUUCUAUUUUUUAUUUUUAAAUUGUAUGGAUGUGGCUGGUAAUUAGACUCUUUAAAGAUCAAGGUCUGUUAAACUGUCUAGUGCAAGCUGUCGUGAUCAAAGUUUAUAUGUAGCCCAUGACACUAAAAAGAAAGGAUGUGCUUGCUGUAUUACCAAUCCAGGCCAAUAAACAAAGAGGUGAAAGGACCUAUAAUGAUU